UAAUCUCUCCUUUCUCCACAGGCUCAGCCACCACGAUGCUGCCCCGUGGCUUGCGCCUGGCUGCCCUUCUGUUCCUCUGCGAUGCCCUCCUGCUCUCCUUGCUGGAUCUGGGGCGGCCCUCCCUGGCUCAGUGGGGGGUCCCGGCGGCCUGGCUGGAGGCCGCUGUGCGCCUGUUGGUGCUUUUGGGGGUCUGGGGGCUGCUCUCUCUGGGUCGUCCCUCCCACCUCGCCUCCGUGGCCGUGGCCGCCGUGAGUCUCCUGCCCCCCUCCUACCUGGCCGUGGGGCACUGGUUUGGAGACCCCCCUCUCCUCCUGUCUUCAGCCCCUUGGGCCUGGCUGCUGCUGAGCUAUGGGGCCGUGGGGCUGGCCCUCCUCGUCUGGCAGGUUCUUGGACAAGGGAAUGGCGCAACAGGGUCAAAAAAGGGGGACACGGCCACCCUGUGGAAGGUGGCGAAGCUUUUGCGCCCGGAUACUCCCUACAUCGCUGGGGCCUUCCUUUGCCUCACCCUGGCCGUGGUCGGUGAAAUCUUCAUCCCUUACUACACAGGAUGCGUGAUUGAUAUCUUGGGUACCCAGUACGACUCGGAUGCCUUCUCCUGGGCCAUCUUGCUCUUGGGUCUGGUUUCGGUUGGGAGCUCCCUCUCUGCUGGCGGUCGUGGAGGGCUCUUCAUAUUCACCACUGCCCGCAUGGUCAUCCGGAUCCGCAACCUGCUCUUCUCUUCCCUGGUGCGGCAGGACGUGGCUUUCUUCCAGCAGGUGAAGACAGGAGACUUGACUUCUCGCCUGUCCACGAACACGACCAAGAUGAGCCACUCGGUGACGCGCAAUGCCAACAUCUUCCUGCGCAGCCUGAUCAAAAUUGUCGGGCUGUACGGGUUCAUGGUCAGCGUCUCGUGGCGCUUCACCCUCCUGACCUUCAUUGAGACGCCCCUCAUGCUGGCUGCCCAGAAGGUCUAUGAUGCCCGUCACCAGGCUCUGCUGAAGGCAAUCCAGGACUCCACAGCACACUCCGGGGAGGUGGUGCGUGAGAUGGUCUCCUCCAUCGAGACAGUGCGUGGCUUUGCCACCGAAGAGGAGGAGUCCAAGUUCUACGAUGCAGCGCUGGAGGAGACUCACCGGCUGAAGAACCAGAGGGCUGUGGAGAAGGCGGUCUACUUGCUCUUCCGACGGAUCCUCCAGCUGGGCCUGAAGCUGAUCCUGCUUCACUGCGGGUACCAGCAGAUCCUCGCUGGCCUCAUCACCAAAGGGGACUUGGUCUCCUUCAUCCUCUACCAGAUGGAAGUGGGGAUGUGCACGCGGGCCCUGAUGUAUGCCUACGGAGAUGCCCUCAGCAACGUGGGUGCCGCGGAGAAGGUGUUUGAAUACCUUGCCCGGGAGCCGGCUGUUGGCACGGAGGGGACGCUGGCCCCCGACUUCCUCCGAGGGCAGGUCUCAUUCAGGAAUGUUUCCUUCUCUUAUCCUGCUCGCCCCGACGUCCAGGUCUUGAAGAACGUCUCCUUUGAGCUGCGCCCCGGGGAAGUGACGGCGCUGGUGGGUCUGAACGGCAGCGGCAAGAGCACCUGCGUGGCCCUCCUGGAGCGCUUCUACGAGCCUCAGUCCGGGGAGAUCCUGCUGGAUGGGGUCCCGAUCCAGGAAUAUGAACACAAAUACCUCCACCGGCAGGUGGCGCUGGUGGGUCAAGAGCCCAUCCUCUUCUCGGGCUCCAUUUGGGACAAUAUCACUUACGGGUUGGAGAACUGUAGCCUGGAGGAAGUGAGGGCUGCGGCAGAAGAAGCCGACGCCUUGGGAUUCAUCCAUGAGUUGGAAGGAGGCUUCAAUGCAGGUGGGCCAAAUCUCUCUAAAAUUCCGUUCUUGUUUCCUGAAAAUGCAACUCUCUCAGCUCUUGGCACACUCGUCCGAUGUCACGAAACACUACCACCUACACCACUGACGGGGACAUGGGAGGAUGUGUCCGGGAUCCAGCGGUCGGUGCUGAACCGCCAGGCCCGGGCGGUGCUGGUGAUCGCUCACCGGAUGCAGACGGUGGAGAACGCCCACAAGAUCGUGGUGCUGGAAGGCGGAGAGGUUGUCGAGGAGGGGAGCCACCCCGAGCUGAUGGGACGGAGGGGGACCUACUACCGGCUGGUGCAGAGGAGCGGCGCGGAGUGACUUCUGGAAGGUGUGAAGAACCUCGUCUUGAAUGUGGAAUACCAAAUACGUGGGACUUUUUAGGUUGUUUGUUUUGUUGUGUUACAGUUUGGAGUGCAGUCUGGCCAACGAGACCUGCUCUCUGGCCCGUCUUAUGGACUGGCACCGUGAGCAGCAUGAACGUGACGGAGGCUAAGGAAUACCGGUGGCCAGUUUGUGCAACUUAGGGGGGGAGUGUCUGGGAGGCUGAAUUAGAAAUGCCCUUUUUUGCCCUUGAGGAGAAACUAGAGGGAAAAGAGUUGCCUGAUUUCUUUCUUUUCCCCCACCCCAUCUUUAUUUUAUAUAGGUAGUAAUUACAGGACAAUAAUAAUAAAUUUUCUAUUGAACACUGACUUUUACAGCUAGUUCCAGAAAAAGACAGAAGAAAGUAACACACAGUGUGUUCCCUUGUCAAUAUAAGAAAAAGAUUUUAAUGAAGUUACUGCAGGGAAUAAACUAGGAAUUAAUCGUGUAAUUCGACUUAAAAGGUUAUUCUGUCUGUUAAGUGUGUAGACGUAGGCCUUGCAUUUUCAUCAUCUGUGUAAUAAAUGGAAGGAAAGAAAACUACA